AUGCAGCCAAGCAACAUCCAAACGCAUGCGCGAUUCAACAUCAACCGUGCGAUUGAUGUUUCGAUAUGGUUCGCCGAAGUGUCCGGACCAUAUGCACAGGCCAACGGACCCGAGGCCGCUGCAAAGAUCGGCAUCCUCGAGGGUCAGCAGGCUCCUGACAGCGUGUACAAUCGCCGUGCGAGUUCUCAUGCAGUGAAGGAGGAGGAUGUGCAAGAGCCACCUUCGCAUGCGAAAGGUGGCAAGGCAGCCUUGAAGAAAUUGCGGCUGCAAUUGGCUGCACAGGAAGGCAAGAUGAGGCAGACGGAGGCGGCAUCGGCUGAGCGGCGUGAAGCCAUGCGCCGUGAGACGCAGCUAUUGGCAGACAGUCUUCGCGAAGUUGGGCUACGUUGUCACAUGCUGCUAGGGAAGCACAAGAUGCUUCUCGACGACAGGAAGCGGCUAGAGGCAGAGGCGUGA